AUGGCGCCCCUAAAACGAACGAGGCAUGUCAUUGACAACGACGACGAUGUUGACAAUGGUGGGGAGCAGGCCGAGGGACAGGAUGGGCGCACCUCGCCAGUCGGUGGUGCGCAGUCAAGAAAACGAGUGCGAUUGUCUCUAGAGGGACAGUCUUCACACCACCACGACGAUUCCUCAAGUUCCGAAGACGAAGACGACGAGAAGAACGGACCCAAUUCCCCCCCUCUGACCCAAUACGAAAUCAUGAGAGAUAACGGCUUCAAGCACCUGCAAAACACCGACAUGGACGACUUGCGAGCCACGCAGAAGCUCCAGCGGAGACCCUCGAGCCUGGGCGACAACAUGGUUGCCGAGAGCGGAAUCAUCGAGAGCGUUACAUGCAUCAACUUCAUGUGCCACGAGCGUCUCCAUGUCGAGCUCGGGCCGCUCAUCAACUUCAUCGUCGGCGAGAAUGGCAGUGGCAAAAGUGCCGUCCUGACUGCGCUCACAUUGUGCCUAGGCGGCAAAGCUAGCGACACCAAUCGAGGAGGAAGCCUUAAAUCUUUCGUCAAGGAGGGCCAAGACCACGGGAGGCUCAUUGUCAAGAUCAAAAACGCAGGCAGCGAUGCUUAUCAGCACGACGUAUACGGCGACAGCAUCAUCGUUGAACGUCACUUCUCCAAAUCGGGUAGCAGUGGCUUCAAGAUCAAGAGUGAUCACGAACAGAUCAUCUCUACCAAAAAGCAAGAGGUCGACGAGAUAUCCGAGUGGUACGCGCUGCAAAUGGGGAAUCCCCUCACCGUCCUGUCCCAGGACAAUGCCAGGCAGUUUCUGAACUCCGCCACCCCCACUCAAAAGUACAAGUAUUUUGUGUCUGGCGUGCAGUUGGAACAACUCGACAACGACUACAAGAUGUCUCAAGAUACUCUGGACAAGACUCUGAUUCUCCGAGACGAUCUCAACGAGAAGAUAGGCCAUGUCAAAAAGGAAAUGGAAGACGCCCAGAGGCUAGCCGAGACUGUCCAGAAGAACAACAGUCUUCGCGAAAAGGCUCGACACUAUCGGAACCAACUGGUCUGGUCGCAAGUGGUUGAGCAGGAGCAGGCGCUCGAGCGCCGUCAACUAGACCUGUCGACCCGGGAUCAACGCAUCACGGAAACAGAAGCCGAGUGCGAGGAGAUGAGCAAGGCUUUGCUUGAGUGCCAAGAAAAAAUGGACAGGGCCACCGCAAAUCGGAACAGCCUCGACGAAGAGAAAGAAUUCAUGGCGAAGAGAAUCGCGGCCGCAGAGGCGUCUUUUCAGACUGCAAAGAAGGACCUGACUGAGCUACACCGAGAAGAGAGAGAUGCUUUUAGCCGCCUCAAGACGGCAAGAGGAGAGAUUGAAGCCUGCGAAGGGAAAAUCCUGGAAGAGGAACAGCGCCUGAAUGAGUCCACGGGCUCGGCCCACGCCGAGAAAGACGCCGAGCUCUCCGAAGCGACGUCUCAAGAAAGGAACAUCAACGAGCAAAUCUCGGCGCAGAAUGAACAACUGCCGAUGCUUCAGUCGACGCUCGCCGAGGCGGAGCACGUCUUGAAGAAAAAGCAGGAGCUGCGAGACUCCAAGCGCAACGACAUAUUGACGGCGGAGGCAGGUGUCCGGGAGCUCGAAAAGAGCACCGGAUCGGCCUACGACGGGUUUGACCGAGAGAUGAUGAACCUUGUCAAGGCAGUAUCGAACAGCGGGGGCUUCGAGCACAAACCUCUCGGCCCCCUAGGUGCCCACAUCAGACUUGUCAAGCCUGAGUGGUCGGGGGUCCUGGAAAAGACUCUCGGCGAAACAUUGAAUGCCUUUGUUGUCAGAAGUAAACGAGAUCAAACACGCCUCUCAGGCUUGAUUCGGCAAAAUGCGAUGAGAAAGCCGCCUCCCAUCUAUAUUGCCUACGGCGGACCAAUCGACACGAGGGACCAAGAGCCCGACAGCAAGUUCGACACUAUCCUGCGAGUGCUGGAAUUCGAUGAAGAGCUGGUCCGGUCGCAGCUAGUCAUCAACAACCAGAUAGAAAAGGUCAUACUGGUCAUGAAGCGCUUGGAGGCGGAGCAGAUCAUGAUCGACAGCGGCCCUCCUCGCAAUGUUGCGGCGUGUAUCUGCUUUCACGACGGCCAAGGAAAGCGCGGCCAAGGCUUGCGGAUCACGAACCGCUCGGGAACCAUUGCGACAAGCCCGAUUAUCCCCGGCGUCUUGCGGCCGAGGAUGCAAUCCGACUCGGCCAGGCAACUUGCGCUUCAGAAAGAAAAUCUCAAGCAUCUGGGGCUCGAGCUGAGAGAAUUGAUGAGUGAGGAACGCCUUGCGCAGCAGGCGGUGCAGGGGAGCCAAUCGGAACUCGAGACGCACCGCAGGCGGCAGACGCAACUGGCCAACGACCUCCGCAGGACGCAAGCCGACAUCGAACGGAUUCAAACGGAAUUGGACGCCUUUGAAGGCGUGGACGACCGACUCGUUGUUUUGCGGUCCGAGCUGGAGACUAAGCGGGCUGAAGAGGAGCAGCUCGGCAUUCAGUACGGCAACAUGAAAUUGACGAAGCGCGGGCUGAGUGCAAGGGCCGAGGAAGCCAAAAAAAGACUUGAUACUGAGCGGGACCAUGGCAAUAACUUGGAAAGCCGGAAGAACGAUGCGUUUGAAAGGCUGGAUAUUGAGAGGGCGGAACGACGCCGAGCAGAGCAAGCCGAGGCUGUCGCGCCAGGGCGUGUUUAUAUUCCCGAGGGGGAAGAUCACCGGAGCAUCGAGAAAAAGUACGAAAAGAUUGGGGAACAGCUGGCUCAACGAGAGGCCAGGAUCGGGGCCACGGACCAGGAGAUUUAUGAUCGUGCGAACGAGGCGAGAGGCAAGUACGAGGGCGUGGUGAAGCAGACCCGACACGUGGACGAGACAAUAGCAUCGCUGAAGCACGCGAUUGAACAUCGCCUGCACCUCUGGCGACAGUUCCAGAGACAGAUCAGUGCUCGGGUUCGCAUUCAAUUCAACUACCUGUUGAGCGAGCGUGGCUUCCGGGGCAAGAUCGACCUGGAUCAUCGGGCGAGAAAGGUUAUCAUACACGUCGAGCCGGACGAGACGCGCAAGAGCUCGGCGGGUCGGAACACCAAGACGCUCUCCGGAGGCGAAAAGUCGUUCUCGUCCAUCUGCAUGCUGCUCUCGGUCUGGGAGGCAAUCGGAUCACCCAUCAGAUGCCUGGAUGAGUUUGAUGUUUUCAUGGACAAUGUUAACCGAGCCAUCAGCACCAACAUGCUCGUGGACGCGGCGCGGCGAUCGGUCUCCCGUCAAUACAUCCUCAUCACUCCCAACGCCAUCGAAGGGCGGGCUAGGCUCGACAAGGACGUGAAGAUCAUUCGCUUGACCGAUCCCCGCCAACGCACCUUGGUCUAA